CGCCCCGCGGCCGGCCGGUCGAUCCGUGGCCAUGUAAACCAGUCCACCGUAGUACUCCGUAUCCACCAUCAUGACAGAUGACAUACCAGAAACGGGCGCGGUGUUCACAUUCGGCAAGUCGCACUUCGCAGAUAACGAACCUAGUCACUUCUUUAUCAAGAAUGAUCCUGUGGUCGCCAUAUCUUGUGGGGAUGAACACAGCGCCGUUAUAUGCCACAAUGGCCGAGUGUUUGUGUUCGGCGGCAACGCAUGGGGACAGCUCGGGCUGGGACAUAAGGAUGAGGUGACGAGACCCAGCUGCGUCAAGUGGCUUAAACCGCAUAGAGCCAUGUUCGUUGCAUGCGGACGGGCGCACACGCUCUUCGUUACUGAUUCGAAUGCAAUAUACUCAGUAGGCUGUAAUGAUGAAGGGCAGCUGGGUACAGGUGACAUGGAGCACCACACGGUGCCCCAGUUCGUGGAGCUCGAAGGGGAUCCCAAACCGAUAAGACAGGUGUCAGCUGGAAGCAAUCACACGGCCAUUCUCACUGACGAGGGUCGCGUGUUCAUGUGCGGCUCGAACUCGGAGGGGCAGCUUGGUCUUGGAGAAGAUACCAGGUCAAGUGUCAAGUUUACAGAACUCAAAUUUAUGGAGAAAAUCGUGUUUGUUGAAUGCGGAUAUUACCACACUGUUUUUAUUACUGAACAAGGUGCCGUAUUUGUUACUGGUGAUAACGAGAAUAUGAAACUGGGUAUACCUAACGCUGCCACAACCGUAUACGUUCCUGAAGUUUUACCUGUAAGCGUACCAAUAAAAAGUGCAUGUUGCGGGGCGUCGCACACCUUUCUAUUGUCCAUGGAUGAAACGAAGAUUAUGGCAUUCGGCUCCAACGAGAGGGGUCAGCUAGGCAUGCCCAAAGAUAUAGUAAACGUGACCGAACCCACUGAAAUUAAUAUGGAAACGAUGUUCGAUGGAUAUCAACUGAAAUUAGUCGCUUGUGGAGCGAUGCAUACAGCUUUUGUUACUGAUAACGGAUUACUUUACACGUGCGGAGAAUCGAGACACAACAAACUUUGUUUGGAGGAAAUAGACGACGUCGACAAUUCGAAUGAGGCUAUCCCCAAUCAAUACUCACCGAAGCGGGUCACAGCUAUGAAUGGAUUCGUCGUAGACAAUGUCGCCUGUGGCGGGUGCCACACUCUACUAACGGCUACUAAAGGCUCUAACGUUGACUUCACGAAUAACGAUUUUAAUAUUAUCAACGAAGAAACCAGACAGGUAUCCUUAACUGAACUACCGCCGUUGCAAAAAGUACCGAUCAUGAAUAAAGGCGAAGAUCAUCCGCAAUUAGACAAUUGUGAAGAUGUUACGAAUUUAAACACCAAUGAACAUGUCAAUCCGGACAAUAUCAAUGGCAAUACACACGAGGAAACUGGAUCGAUAGAUUCAUUAGAAGCUAAUGUGAGCGGAUCUCAUAUAGUUAAUAUAAAUGAUCUAGAAAAUGACAAUGCAAGCAUUCACGAAGUUCCCGAUUUAAAAACAGAUGUAGUUAAGUCGCCAAUGAAAGAACUAAAAUCCAUAGACUUAAUCGAUACUAUGGAUACAAUGAUUGAAAAAACGGAAGAAAAAAUUAAAGAAACAGUGAAAGAUGCGUCCCAUAAAGUAGAGGAAAAAGUAGAAGUAGUUGAAGAUGAAAUAAAAAAAGUAGCCGCCGUCAUACCUGAUAUUCAUCACAUAGAAAGAAAAGUCCUUGAAAUUCCAGGUAAAGGAGAUGAAGUAGCUAAUUCUCCUCCACCAAAAACCCCCAUACUACAGGAGUUGCUUCAUGUACCAGAUAUAUCACAAAUGAGUCCAGUUCUAAGUAAACAUAGCGAUGAUGGUCAAAAAAGUGAAGCUGGUCAAUCGGAGAAUGAAACUAUACCUUGUGGGUCUGAUAAAUCUAGUCCUCAAGCUGGGAAAACGGCGAAAACUCAAGCUGUGAUGCCUAUUGUAAGAAGUGAAGACGCAAUUGAUGACCACGAUGAACCUAUGCAGAAUGAGGAAAGCGAUGUAGUAGUUAAGAAAGGCCGGUUUGCACGUUUAUUUCAAUCCAUAAAAGAUAAAGAAAACUCUUGUAUGAGUAAAGGAAAAGUAAUUGAAGAAAAUGUUAUAGAAAAUGUACACAAAGGAAUCGAGGGCACUGAACAAACAAUCCACAAGCUCGAAGAAACUGUAGAAACGGAAAUCAGAAACCAGACGAAUUCGAGAACAUGCACAAUAUUAUAAUUAAA